UUCGUCUUCUCUCAACAAUGAAUACUAUUUCUAGAAAUGUGUCGAUACGUCUGCGACAUUUAAUGGCACUUACAAUGAAUCCGAUAUUUCCAAGAGAAGCUGAUUGGUUGACUCAAGGUCACGAAAUCUGAUCGUCCAUGCUUCAAUUCAAAGGAACAAGAGCAGAGCACCAGUGCCGCUUCUGUACUCUUCGUGGAUAGGCAGUCGCAUAAAUUUGUGCGAGGGAAAGCGCGGCAAUCAGGCCGCGUUGUUUUCCUUUCUGUUAAAAUAGUGUGUUCCUGUUAUCGCGAAUUUUCUUACAUUAUUUUUAAGGCCCAAUCAGAAGAAUGACCGUCGAGAUCGAUAAAGAGGAGCUGAAAAAGCGUUUGACGCCGUUACAGUGGCACGUCACACAAGAAAAGGGCACAGAGAGGCCCUUUUCUGGUUGCUACAACAAAUUCUAUGAGAAAGGCACGUACACUUGCGUAAUUUGUGAUCAAGAACUAUUUUCCUCUGACACAAAAUAUGAUAGUGGUUGUGGUUGGCCUGCAUUCAAUGAAGUAUUGGAUCAGGGUCGAGUCAAGUUAACCAAAGAUACUUCACACGUUGGUGGAAAUCUACUACUGCUGAUCGCAAACCCAGAUAUGGUGCGGACCGAGGUGACCUGUUCGAAGUGCGGCGCGCAUCUGGGACAUGUGUUCAACGACGGACCGAAGCCCACCAGGAAACGGUUUUGCAUCAACUCCGCGUCCAUAAACUUCCAUUCAGCGGGAGAAGAGAAGAAAUCGACGUCGUAAGACCAAUAAAGAACGAUUCAUUUAAAAAAAAAAUACGUUUAAGGAUGCUUGACAAAUCUAACUUGUAUGAAACUUCUAAUUCUGAGAUGGGCACGCGCAACGCAUACGAUUAUAUAUGUUUUAUAUUCAAAUUACAUUUUGCUAUUGCCCUAUUUUUUCGUUAGACACUAGAGAUUUUGUAAGAUUUUACAAUGAAUGAAUACUUUUUGCGUAAAAUACUGUGUACAUCUAUCUCCAUUCUAUAUAAAACGAAGUGCAAGUUUUUUAUUUCCAUACGUUAAUUAAGGCGCGUAGAUCGUUUUAUGAGAGGUAUGUAUAUGUACAUGUGCAGUGAUGAACCGCGUACGAUAUUGUAAUGUUAAGAUAAAUUCGAUUCCUUGUACAUACAUGCUAAAUGAAUGUAAAAUAAAUACAUUUAGUAUGUGUAAAAUACAUAAGUAAAUUAAUGUAAAAUGUUCAAAAAGAUAAUUUAUGGAAACGUUCUGUUAUUUCUUCAUGUUACAUACGAUGAACAUAAUGUAAUGUAAACGACAGCCACUAUUUAUUUGUCUCAAUAUACUAAAUUAUAUAAAAAGUUCAA